UUUUAGCCUUAGGAUUAGGACAUGCCAGCAAGUGCACGUGCCGCGAUUACAUGAUAGACAUGCUGUACCAUGCCCGGAUUGGCCUCGUCUUCCUUUGCCUCCUGGGUCGAAGCAGGGCAUUUGAAGCUGUUAGCACGAAUUCACCGAAUGCAGAGCUCUUUCCACAUGUCACGGGACAUGUGCUCCAGCCGAAACACACCGCGGUUCGAGGGCCCAAGCAGACCAAUAAGUUCUGGGCGAAUUGGAUCAUUUCAGAUCCAGUGGCUGGCAAUGGAGCAGUGCAUGCAAUCUAUCCGAUGCCUUACGUGCUCAAGCUGGGAAGCAGCCGUGAGCUGAAGGCCUCGCAAAAUCCGGAGGCCAUGAUGUGGUAUCAGGAUGGGCGCCUGAUGAACCGCGAUGGCUCCCGCUUGGAACUGUACCGGACCGCCUUCGUGGGGGAGUUUGGCCUCGGUGCUGUGGAGAUUGGAGGGCAGCAUGACUUCCAAAUCAUCAAGGAAGGCGUCUUCGGCAUCCAUGUCGAGGUUCGAAACCCCACGGCCAACGUGUCCAUGAUGUACCCAAUCUAUAGUGGGAUGGCCUAUGUCUCCGCGCGUUACACGGGCGCCACCCCAAAGAUCACAACGGAGCGAAGCCGCUUCGGGGACGUUUUUGCCUUCAAUAACCUGGUGCAAAUCAGCAAAGGUGUUUGGAGCGUGUCAACAGGCUUCCAUCACCUGAGCCCGCAAUCAGCGCAGCUCCGAAUCUACCUGCUGGAUGCCGACUUGGGUUUUGUCGACGAUUCCUUCCAGUUGGAGCUGGGGUGCGAGCGGAGCUGCCUCCUGCUGAACCGGCCGCUGACCGGCUGGGUCCGCGCCGCCCGCGUCCUCGCGCCGCGGGACGUGGAGACACUGGACCUGCAUGCACCAGCCAUCCCAGUGGGUUGGGAUUUGCAAAUGGAAGACCAGGGCCACGUGCGGUACAAGUUUGAGGUGGCCGGAGGAAAUUCUUCUCUGCCAAAGCUGCUUCAUUGGGCUUAUGCCCAUCAUCAAAAGAUGCUGCAGCACGAGAAUACCACAAAGAUGGCGAAGGGUCUUUCUUCGAGUCAGGCGCCCACCAAGGGCCAUAUGGCUGGCGUCUUGGGCAACGAAUGGCUCUUGAAGGCUCAGUUCUUUAACGAGACCAACAAGCUAGACUUCUUGCCGGUGAUGCCGGCCCUUUCAGCGGAGCGGCAGGCCCGUUUGAUCGAAGAGACCAAGGCAACCCUGCAAGAGCUCAAACGGACGUGGCGGCAAUCCAUGUUCAAGUCUGACUUCUACUUCAGCGGGAAGGGUUUUCAGAAGGUCGGCAUGGUGUGCUUGUUAGCGGAGAAGCUUCUGUCCAGCCAAGAACUGGAGCUUUGCACUCGUUGGCUCGCACGUGGCUUCGAGUGCAUCCUCUACAAGUCGAAACACCCAGACGAUCGAAGUUCACGCUGCGCAGGGGCACCAGGCGGCUUGUUCUACGACAAGGAUUGGGGAGGCUUGCCUAGCAGAGUUGGCUACAAUCCAACCUGGCACUCAAAGCCAGUGUUGCACUGCAUGCUUGCGGAUUUUGGCAACUCCUGCUACAACGACCACCAUUACCAUUUUGGCUACUUCGUGGUCUCCGCCGCCAUCUUGGCCAAACUCAAGCCCUCCUGGACGAAGAACGCGGACUUUGUGAACUUCGUCGAUGGCCUCAUCAGGGACACCUCGAACCCCAGCAGCGAGGAUCCCUACUUCCCACGCUUCCGACACUUCGACUGGUUCGACCUUCACUCCUGGAGCCGUGGCUUGGCGCCCAACCCGGAGGGCAAAGAUGAGGAGUCCACCUCGGAAGAAAUGAACCUCCACUAUGGGAUUCACCUCUGGGGCAAGGAGACUGGACGGAGGUCUAUGCAGCAACUGGGUGCGACCAUGUUGGCCAUGGCCACCGCCACAGUGCAGGAGUUUUUCCUCAUGGCGGAAGGAAACCCUCACCAUCCAGCCGACUAUGCCCGGAAUCGUGCACCUGGGAUGCUUCUGCAAAACAAGGCGCACUAUGCCACCUAUUUUGGGAAGCACUUUGAGUACAUUCAUGGAAUUCAAAUGAUACCGCUCUCACCUGCCUUGACGCUGGCCCGGACACGGAAGUUCAACCAGCAGGAGUGGAGCGAGAUCUUGUGCAAUCUUCCGUUGUCCUCCACGGACAGCUGGACCUCAAUCCUGCUGACGGGCAAUCUGGCCAUGAUCGAUCCACAAGCAGCCUUCGACCGGCUCGAGGAGAUGCACCCGCAAAGCAUGGACGAUGGGCUGACCAAAGCCUAUGCGCUCUACUGGACCAGCGCUCAGCCAGCAAAAGAAGGCAACUGGAGCUGUAGCCAUCCAUUCUUCCAUGGGCCACGUGUGUGUGCCGCAGGCGAAUAUCGAGGUGAAGCCCAAUGUCACAAAUGCCCGGCGGGCACGUGGAACAAUCGGACGAACCAAACAAGCCACACUGCUUGUUCCGCUUGCGAGGCUGGCCGCUAUAGUUCUCAGGUGGGCCUUACCAGCAAGGAGGCUUGUCAGCCGUGUCCCAGCGGCACUUGGUCCACCUCGGGGGCGGUCGAGCUGGAUGCAUGCAUCCCCUGCAAGCGAGAACGCCCAGGAGGUCCCUGCCAGAUUGCAAGGACCCCAAGCACGACCGAAGCCUCGAGCUACUUCCGGACAUCCAACUCCUCAGCUGAACGAUCACCCAAGUCAGUGUUGGAGCAGACUGGCAUGUCUUCAGACAGCAGAACAGUCAUUCACGUCAUGAUGGUGGCAGCCCUUUUGUGGUCAGCCGCAGGCGCUUUGACCUCAUGCUACCGGUUACUGACGCCAGCGGCUUGAGAAGUCGGCGUCCAAGAGCUCGAACGACUGGGAUGAUCAGUCGUUGCAGCAGCAUGAUCAGAAGAUGUACCUGAAAUGUGUUGUGAGCUGAUGAGAGCUGUUAGGAACAUUACUUAAGAUCUCAAGUCCAAAGCCCGCC